AUGGCGGCGAACAAUCAGCAGCAGGAGCCCUCCUCGGGGAGCUUCAAUGCUGCGCCCCCGUUCGAUACGAGUCGCUUCGCGCUGCUGCAGCGUCACCGUUCUGGUGGCCAGGGCUCGAUCGGCCGCGCUGUUGACGGCGGUCCCCGCGACGAAGCCGACGCCGGCCCACCCACCGGCGGACAAGAUGGUGUCUCCCUCGGCCAGAUCAAGAAUGCUCAGAUGGCGGCCAAGCAGAAGCGAUUCGACUUCCGAUAUGACGACACCGACACAACCAUGAAUGAGCUCGACGAGUUCUACCCCUACAUUGAGAUGAGCCAGGUUGCGCAGAUGCACACACGCUUUGAGGGCUCGUUUGACGGAGAAUGGACGUCGGCCUCCGCUACCAAGCGUCGGGCGUACAUUGAGACGCAGCUCGAGUACCUCGAAUCACCGGUUAGCGACACGCGACGAGCAGCUCAAGGACGCCUGCUUUACCUUCUGCAAGGUGAGCUUGAGUUGAACUGCGGAAGAGCUGACCCCAGGUUGCUUCGCGGAGACAACUUCCCCGAUGUGAUGGAGAAGCCGGGAAGCGGCGGUGCCCCAGCCCCGGGUACCCGCGAACGUGCUGGGUCCACGAACCUAGUCUCGGUCGACCCAUACGACGUCAACAGUGCUGAGCUCAUGGACGUCCUCGCGAUGCUCUACUUUAUUGUCGAGGUAUUCCGCUCUGACGAGACGUUUGGCGAUGAACUCAUGGCGAUGGACCCGCCGCUGCCCCUAAUGCUGGUCGGCAUGGUUGCGGGUUUGAAGGACAAGAAGGUCCCGAAGGGUUACCCUGUCAAGAAGGUGUUACUCUUGCUCUGGAAAACUCUUCUCGCCUGUCUGGGAGGGAUGAAUGAGGCUGCCAAGACGAAGGCGCUCUCGCGAGAGCUGGAGGGUUUGGGUCCUGAGAAGAAGGGUGAGUUGAAUGUUUCCGCGGUCCCCUUCGCUAAUAUCAGACUUCACCCGCGCUACGCCAAUGGACGUUGCGACCUGGCGACGAGACACCUCGACCAAGUACCCGACCUUUGCUCCUCCGCCGUCAGUACCAUCAGGCGUCCCAACGUCCACCGAGUCGUUGGCAGAGAGCGUUCGGCCGCUGCCGAAUCGACCGAAUUACCACUCAACCGAGAUCCCGGAGAGCUCAUCUGCGCCCUUCAGCGGCAUGCCGCAGCCUGGUAUUCCUGCUCCCACGCCACCGCAGACACCGCAGCAACGCCCGAAGAAGCUGCAGUUCCAAACGGAUCCGACACUCUGGUUCCGUAUGCGAUCGCUGAGGCGGACAAGCUGUACAACUCGCACUUGUUCGUUUCGCUUGGUUUGUAUCAACUGUGGAAGGCGAGGGAAGACUGCAUGCGGGAAGAGCGCGGACUCGGCGCCUCUGGUCUGAUCGGGUUCUCGAGCCUCAGGAUAGACGACGAGGAUGAUGAGGCCGCUGAGCAAGCCAUGCGACGCGAUUGGAAGUACGAGGAGGAAGAGAUGAAGGCUCAGGAGAAGGGAGAUACGGCUGGAGUCAAGCUCGCACAAGAGAAGCGAGCUGCUUCUCGUCGCCUGUACCGCGUUGAGGUCAUCUACAACGCUGUCAUCGUCCUGCUGAAGCUGCUCCUGGCUACGGUGACGGGAACAGGAGCGCAGGGAAGCCAGUUAAGCACAGGUGGCAUGGCUCCGCCACUCGGCUCUCCAACACAAGACAUGCCGCCUCAGCAGGAGGCGCUGCCGCCUCCGACGAAGGAGGAGAUCGACAUUGCUCGUCACCGUGAGAUCACAUCCAAGGCUGUCUCGGCGAUCAUUCUGCUGCUCCUCAAGUGGUUCAAGGCCUCUCACAUCCUCAAAUUCCAUCACUUGACGCAACUGCUGCUUGACUCGAACUGCCUUGUGCUCGUGCUCAAGAUCUUUGGUCUACAGGAGCUCUCGCAGAUGGUGCAGACGAAGAACGAGAUGCCUGAGUGCAGCUUCUUCCAGUACCUACAUCUGAACGCCUCCAAGGCAGCACGGGAGAAGACUGCCGAGCCUGAGCCGCCCGUCGAGAACUCGGUCAAGGUGACGGAGGAGAACGGCGAGGAGGUCGAGGUUAUCACCGACUACUCGUGGCGCAACUUCUUUGCCGCGAUCAAUCUCGUCAAGAUUCUGCAGAAAAUCACAAAGCACCGUGUUCACCGCAUCCUGCUCAUGUGCCAGUAUAAGAGCUCUGCGAUCUUGAAGCGCGUCCUGCGCGUGAACCACCCCAUGCUUCAGCUGCAGGUACUCAAGCUCGUAAAGAGCCAGAUGCCAUACUUUGGCCGCAAGUGGAGAUCGAUCGGUGUCGAAGCAGACCUCGAGGCGGAAGACCAGCUCGUCGGCAUUCCACAGGAGCACGCGCUUCGCUCUCUUAUUUCGUUCUACAACAAGCAGAACUACGCCGCACACAUGGCGCCCUCCAUGCCAGACGAGUCCUACCGGCGGAUGGAAAGUGGUGGCUUCCUUGACCACGCCCCGCUCAGUCCAAACCGGCGGCGGUCGCGGCUCGACUCGCUCGCGAGUACCGAGGAGCUCUUCGAUGCCAGAGGUGACCCGCAUCUGCCUUACAACCCUGACGGCAUGAUCGAAUUCUGGAUGCACGAGUACGAGGACAUCCUGCGAGAUGUGUUCGGCGACGGUACGCGCGACGAGUGGGCCGACACAGGCAGCCCUGCCAGCCCUGCCGCGCCCGGUCCAGCCGAGGGCCGAAAUGACGCAGCGUGGAUCCGUCUCGGAGAAUUAAUGCGUGCCCGUGGUGCGCCAGAGGACGACACGAUCUCGGACAGCGAGAGUGUUGUCUCGGUCGGCGAGCUGGGUGACGAUGCCCGCCUCGAGGCGGAGGCUGAGGGCCGCACCAUGUUUGCAGCGAUGCAGGAGCGCAAGCGGCGCACGUCGCAGGGCGACGAGAAUACCUGGGAGCUGCUCCCGCGCAGGCCCUCGGAUCGCCGGCGCAGCUCCAGCGGUGGUUCGCCCCUCCGCCCCGUCAUGGGCCUCGGGCCUGUGGAGGACCUCGACGUGUUCGAGGACGAGGAGCUCCCCGGCCCCAUGCCCAUCACGGAGGGCACGCCGGACGAGAUCGAGCGCGACUUUGGUGCCGUCGACGAGGUCGAGUACUUCUACAACGCGUAG